AUGCCAGCGCAUACCGCGGGUAUUGCCUACGUCCGCUCGCUCGGCCAAUGCGGCUGCUACGGCCCAGUUCAGCCCUUUUGCAUCGAGGUGAGGAUUACCUUCGUUUUCUUAAUCAAGAAACAACCUCAGUUUGCCGGCUUUCCUCUAAAAACUGUUACUCGAUACGGCACAAUCGCCUCAGCUUUCGGCGCCACCGCCGGCAUCUUUGCUGUUUUCUUCUUCGGGGAGGUCCCCCGCGUCCGGAAGGAUAUCUUGAUGAACAUCCCCGUCAUUGGCGGAUACUGGGAACGGAGUAUCCCUCCUGAAGAUAACCCCUUCUAA